AUGUCACGACCGAAUCAGAUAGUCACCCAGUUUCCGGCGCUGGACCACGAGCCACGUGGACAAGGACCACCACCAUCCUAUCGCAACUCGGCAGCCACUGAAGACUCAUGGAGCACCGUGUCUGGUAGUGGACCAAAUCAAGCAAUGUCAGGUCAACGAAGAAACAGUUGGAACAAUUUGGUGCAAGUCGGUGGAGAUCCCAUGGUACCGAAGCAAGCGCCGCCGCGUCCGGCUGCUCCAAUGUCCACGACAUUCUCUGUCAACUCCAGAGCAUCAUCUUUGAUGGGUCUUCAACAACCCGCAGUUUUUACAACACAAUUUUCGACCCAAGGACAACCUAUCCAGCAGCAGAAGGUGUUUUCCACGGAUCCACGAUUGGUUUCGAUUCCAAGACCAGCUGGAACUAUUCAUAGUACUGGAAGUAUGCCUCCAUCAAGAUCUGGGUCCGUUAUUACUGGCCCAAAUCCAUCACCACCAAGUAUGAAAAAGAAGGGAAAGGGAUCGAAGAAGAAUGAAAAUAAGAAUCAGCCAAAGAGGAAUCGAUUACAGGAGAUUAAGAACUUCUGCAAGAAACCAAACACAAUGGGAUGUUGUCUCUGUCUCCUGGUAGCUCUUAUCAUUGCCAUAGUCAUCAUUAUCAUCCUCUCCCAAGUGCUCCCAACUCCCAAAGAAGCCCAAUUCACAUGGAUAGCCCCAACUUCGCUGACCAAUGGACAGAACUCGUCUUCAAGGGUUGAUAUGAAGGCUGAAAAAGAACGAAUCCGCUUCCAAAUUGCCGGAUCACCACCGAUCAAAGGAAAUUAUAUCAAUUAUUAUGAUUUUAAUCAGAACCAAGUAGUGGUAAUUGAUCAAUCUCUAAAUGCAAAUGGUAGAAAUCUGUACUGCUUCUUGCUGCCACUGGAUAGAUCCUCAAUGCCAAACCCUGGUGAUGUUCGGAAAGCAGCGAAGAGCUCAGUGUUGAGACAUCAACAAACCGAUGGUUGGCAACAAGUUUGGUCAUGGAUUCCAUCUCCACUUCAACAGACUAAUUCGGCUCAAAACAUGUUUAACCCACCGAUCCCAGAGUGCAAUGGAUCUCGAAUUGUGCAGCUACAACAGACUUCAGAUCAGAGAAACCGCCGCUGCACGGACUGCUACGACUUCUGUCUGCCACAAUACGGAAUCAUGCGAAACGCCUCCGACAACAACGACGAGUACCUGAACAUCAAGCAACAAGACUGCUUCUAUCUAUUCGUCCCCGAAUGGAGAACCUACGCCCAAGCGAAUACCAUCGAACAGAAUCAGCAAGAUUUCGAAAACUACUACCGUAACCGACAACACAUGCAGGUCUCAUAUGGAAGUAACGGGCCAAAUGAUAGUAGAUGGAUUCCACUGAGCGGAGUGCCACGGCAGAUGAUGAAUGCGACUGGGGCGUUUGUAGGACAAGUUGGGAACGCUAUUGGAAGUUUAGGAUCAAAUAUGUAUGGAAUUGUGACGGGCCAGGGUCCUCAAAAUCCUCAUAACCCCCAGAACCCUCAAGGCAUUCAACAACAACAAAACUAUGGAGUACCUGUAAAUGGACAGGCUAAUCAACCAUACAGUGUCAACAAUCCACAGUAUCCAACCCAGAAUACAAAUCCAUCUGUGGUAGACAUGCAGCAGCAAAGAAUUCAGAAUCAACAACAGAUUAUGCAACAAUCCCGUCAGCCAUCCGGAUACCAUCCAGCUGUAAAUGGAGUUGUGAACUUGAAUGGAGUUAAUGGACAAAAUGGAAAUACUGAAUAUAACGUUCAACCAUAUCAAGGGAAUGGAAGUCCAGGACAGAAUAUUGGACCUGAGAUGAGAAGACAGGCGGUGAGUAGAUUUAGGUUGUUGAAACGUUUGAUUUCUCAGAAUUUUCAGCCUUACACAUUCAACUCCAACGUUAACAGUGGCUACACCAAUCAACAACCCUCCGUCUCAUCUGGUAGCACUAAUGCGAAUAGUAGACCUAUGAAUGGUUUUGGAGCCAAUCCGAGCUAUCAAACUUCUCAGUUUGGAUUUAAUAACAAUGACCCUAGAAAUCAAGUCGGCGGAUUAAAUGGGAAUGGCUUGGUAAAUAGUGUGAAUAGUCAACAUCAGAUCUCAGUCAGUGCUCAUACGAAUGCUCCAAGGAUUGGAUCAGUUCUCAACGAAUUCGGCAAUCCAGUGAGCAUUCAUCCUGCUCAACAAUCCGUAAAUUCUCAGCCGACUCAAGGAAUAAUGGGAAGCCAAGGCACUCAAUCUCAAGUAGUUCCACCGGGAUACGGUGGGCAAGUUACCAAUCCAAACUAUAUUUCUACAUCUGGAGGUGUCGCUCCAGAUGAUGGAAAUGUUUUCUCGCAGAGGCUACAGGCGCUGAUGGGUUCUCCAUCAGCCUAUCGUCCAGACGUCGAACCAGUCAACUACAACGUCCCCACUUACAGUCAACCAAACCGCCCGGACGCUCUUUCCAGACAAGGACGAAUUUUUAAGUAA